GUGCUGAAAAUGGGAGAUAUUGAGAAGGGCAAGAAGAUCUUUGUGCAGAAGUGCUCCCAAUGCCAUACGGUUGAAAAGGGAGGCAAGCACAAGACUGGACCCAACCUGCAUGGCCUGUUCGGACGUAAAACUGGACAAGCCGAGGGCUUUUCUUACACAGAUGCGAAUAAGAAUAAAGGUAUCACCUGGGGUGAGGAUACUCUGAUGGAGUACUUGGAAAACCCGAAGAAGUACAUCCCAGGAACAAAGAUGAUUUUUGCGGGUAUUAAGAAGAAGACUGAGAGAGUAGACCUAAUAGCAUAUCUCAAAGAUGCCACUGCUAAGUAAAAGUUCUGCUGCCUUAUUUAUUUCACAAAGGAGAUUGCAAUGGAAAUGUCUAAUGGUUUUUAAACUUUAUAUUUUUACAUGUACUGUGACUGACCUUAAAACCUGUCCCACUCACCAGAUUAUGUUGCUUUUGGUGGGUGGUUGAAGUACACACUUGUUUGGCAGCCAUAACUUAUGGAAACUGUAUGUAAUUGGGUAAACAUUGAUGAAUAAAAUGUUAAGUCAUUCUUAAUCAUGGAAUUAAA